AUGACAAUGACAAAGACAAUGUUGGUUGUAUUCUUCAGUGCCCUUUUGGUUUGCUCUUUAUUUCCACAAAAUGUUGACGCCGCAACUAUUGGUUAUGGUGCAAUGAGAAGAGACACUAUCUCAUGCAACCGAAAAAAUCCCAACAGUUGCAAACCGGUUGCGGUCAACCCAUAUACAAGAGGAUGUGAGCAAGCCAAUAGGUGUCGUGGUGCAAAGUAA